CGGCAUUUGUUUUGAAAAAUAUUUUUCUUAAAACUUGAAAAUGGACGGUGAUUUAUAUGAUGAGUUCGGUAAUUACAUCGGCCCGGACCUUGAGUCGGACUCCGACGAUGAACAGAGUGUUUACGGACAAGAUAACAGAGACGUUGACGAAGAUGCUAUGGAGGAAGAUGAGGAUGGUGAUGCGGAGCCCGAGGCGGCGCCCAUGUCCGUAGUACUACACGAAGAUAAACGGUACUAUCCUCAAGCCGUAGAAGUAUACGGGCCAGAUGUAGAGACAGUAGUCCAAGAGGAAGACACGCAGGCUUUAGACAAGCCUCUGGUAGAGCCUAUCAAGCACAAGAAGUUCCAGGUACAGGAACAGCAGCUCCCGGAGACGAGAUAUGACAUGGAGUACAUGGCUGAUAUGCUAGAUAAUACUAACCUCAUGAGGAAUGUUACGUUGAUGGGACAUUUGCAUAAUGGUAAAACCUCAUUCGUAGACUGUCUAAUCAGACAGACGCACCCCAGCACCAUAAACACAGACACAACAAUACCCAUGCGGUACACGGACACAUUGUUUGUGGAGCAAGAACGAGGAGUCUCUAUCAAGUCUAUGCCUGUCACGCUACUGCUCAAGAAUAUUAAGGGAAAAUCACAUUUAUUGAACAUCAUGGAUACACCGGGACAUGUUAACUUUAGUGAUGAAGUUACUGCUGCUUUGAGGAUUUCUGAUGGUGCUGUCCUCUUCGUGGACGCAGCAGAAGGCAUAAUGCUGAACACAGAACGCCUCCUCCGGCACGCGGUACAAGAGCGAGUUCCCCUAACGCUCUGCAUCAACAAGAUUGACCGUCUGAUAUUGGAACUGAAGCUGCCACCCGCAGACGCGUAUUACAAGCUGAGGCAUAUCAUCGAUGAGCUGAACUCCAUGUUGGAGACGCACCAGCCUCAGGAUAAUCCAGAUGAACCUGCUACUGUGUUCUCGCCUUUAUUGGGUAACGUCUGCUUCGCUUCCUCUCUCUACGACGUUUGCUUUAGCGUGGAGUCCUUCGCGGCGAUGUACGCGGCCGCGCACCCCGCCUCAGGGCUCCGCGCCUCCGACAUGUCUGCCUGGCUGUGGGGCGACGUGUACUUCAACGCGAAGACUCGAAGGUUCACUAAGAAGCAGCCCCAUGCAUCAGCUCAGAGGAGCUUCGUGGAGUUCAUCUUGGAGCCGCUGUAUAAGAUUUUUGCACAGGUGGUAGGCGACGUGGACGACACAUUACCGGCGGUGCUGUCGGAGUUAGGCAUCAAGCUGACGAAGCAGGAAGCGAAGCUCAACGUGCGACCGCUGUUACGACUCGUCUGCAGCAGAUUCUUUGGAGAUUUCUGCGGCUUCGUGGAGAUGGUGGUCCGUCACGUGCCGUCCCCGCUGGACGCGGCCGCCCGCAAGGUGGCACACACGUACCGCGGCGCGUCGGGCGCGCUGCUGGACGACAUGGUGGCGUGCGACCAGUCGGGCCGCCUCGUCGCGCACACCACCAAGAUGUACCCCACCGACGACUGCACCUUCUUCCUGGUGCUAGCUCGUAUUAUGUCGGGCACACUAUACGCGGGGCAGACUGUACGAGUGCUGGGAGAGAACUACAGCACGCAGGAUGAAGAAGACUCCCGGAUAAUGAACGUGGGCCGACUGUGGAUCUAUGAAGCGCGGUAUAAGGUGGAACUGAACCGCGUGCCAGCGGGUUGCUGGGCUCUCAUCGAGGGUAUCGACCAGCCGAUAGUGAAGACCUGCACCGUGGUGUCUGCUGAAGAAGAUGCGGAACUGCAUACCUUCACCCCUCUGAGGUUCAAUACUCAAGCAGUCGUGAAGAUCGCUGUGGAGCCUGUUAAUCCGUCAGAGUUGCCGAAGAUGUUGGAUGGCUUGAGGAAGGUUAACAAAUCGUAUCCCCUCUUAUCGACUCGCGUGGAAGAGUCAGGCGAGCACGUGAUCCUGGGCACUGGAGAACUGUACCUCGACUGUGUCAUGCACGACCUCAGGAAUAUGUACUCCGAGAUCGAUAUCAAAGUGGCUGACCCAGUGGUCUCAUUCUGCGAGACCGUAGUAGAGACCUCCUCACUCAAGUGCUUCGCCGAGACUCCUAACAAGAGGAACAAGCUGACUAUGAUAGCCGAGCCCCUGGAGCGAGGGCUGGCCGAGGACAUCGAGGCCGGAGCCGUCUGCGUCACCUGGGACAGGAAGCGGCUUGGAGAGUUCUUCCAGACCAAAUACGACUGGGACUUGUUGGCGGCGCGUUCGAUCUGGGCGUUCGGUCCGGACUCCACAGGACCCAACAUCCUGGUGGACGACACUCUGCCCUCAGAGGUCGACAAACACCUGCUCGCUUCCGUCAAAGAUAGUAUUGUACAAGGAUUCCAAUGGGGUACGAGAGAAGGUCCGCUAUGCGAGGAGCCGAUUCGCAACGUGAAGUUCAAGAUCCUCGACGCGGUGAUAGCGACCGAGCCGCUGCACAGAGGCGGUGGACAGAUCAUACCUACUGCUAGGAGGGUGGCGUACUCAGCGUUCCUGAUGGCGACACCGCGUCUGAUGGAGCCCUAUCUCUUCGUGGAGGUGCAAGCGCCCGCUGACUGCGUCUCCGCUGUAUACACAGUACUGGCCAAACGGAGAGGUCACGUAACCCAAGACGCGCCAGUCCCCGGGUCCCCGCUGUACACGAUCAAGGCGUUCGUGCCCGCCAUCGACUCGUUCGGCUUCGAGACCGACCUCCGCACGCACACGCAGGGCCAGGCCUUCUGUCUGCAGGUCUUCCACCACUGGCAGAUCGUGCCCGGAGACCCCUUGGAUAAGAGCAUUGUUAUAAGGCCACUAGAACCGCAGCCCGCUACCCACCUGGCGCGUGAGUUCAUGAUCAAGACCCGGCGCCGCAAGGGGCUCAGCGAGGAUGUCUCCAUCAACAAGUUCUUCGACGACCCUAUGUUGUUGGAGCUGGCGCGACAAGACGUGCAGUUGAAUUAAAUAUAGUUUAUGUAGUUACAA